CCCCCUGCAACACAACGCAAACCUCCUGUCAGACUCCAAAACGAACACAUCUCCGCUUAACGGUCACCCAAACACCACACCAAUUACCUCGGUGGAAAGCGACAAUCGAAACUGGGACAGAACAACAAACAAAAAACAGCAGUCUCCAGAUCAUCUGGAGCGGCGCACCAGCCGGAGCGACCAUGAACGCCCUCCAGCAAAAGUGCCGCCCCAAGCACCAGGUCCUCGUCCUCAAGUGCUACCCAAGGACGACAAAAGGGGCCGUUGACGUCAAGCCAAACUCGAGCGAGCUCAGCUAUCUGCUGUAUUACGCAGCAUCCCGAAAGUCCAAAUUCCAGAAGGUUGGCUCGUUUCUCGAGAAGAAGACGGCUAGCGAUGUCUGGCGUCUAAGAAUUGGCAAUGUACAAGUUACCCUGCAGAUCCUCGAGGCUCUCAUCGAAAAGAACCCCAAGGAUCUACCCCUGUUCGCGCCAUCCGUCCUGAAGAUCCUCGACCUCGUCCUCAAGUCCAAUGAUAUCACGAUGGUCGAGUCCUCGACGCCUACCUUCCAAGCAUUCUGCGCGAACCACGAUGCAUCCUCGCUCUUCGCCGAUCAGGCGUAUCUUAAGCAGUACGAGUCUAUCGUCCGCCAGUAUGCGUCCCUGGCGUCGACACGCAGGUCGCCCGGCAAAACACAGCCGAGCAAGCCUGUCGCGAUGCGAUGGCGCAAUACCGGUCUUGAAGCCAUACGGAGCGUGGCUUCCUCAGAUGCUCUUGCGUCGGUUCAGGGCACCCAGUACGAUAUACUCGUCCCAAUGAUACUGGAAAACCUAUGGACGGAUAACGAGGAGUUCUUGGAGAUUCUUUUGCAUCGGGCACAUCUCGAAGAGAAAGUAGACACCGACAAGCUACUGCUGAGGCGGAGGACCAGUGUUGCCACGGUACGCACCGCCGAGGGUGGCAACGAGCCGAAUCCCAUAGCCCUUGCAGGCUCGGCCAUGGACGUCGACAAACUCGCAGAGGAGGACAUAGGUGUCUUGGCCAUCACCUGUUUGAAGCAGAUCUUUGUCGGCCCGAACCGCUCGCAAAUACAUGCUGCCACAGUGGCACUGCUCAAGUUUAUCGAGGAGAGAGUCAACCAGGAUGAGAAUGUGGUCAAGAAGAGCCCAAGGACAGGCAGGGAUAGCGGCUGGGCUAUCAAGAUCUUUGGACUCAUCUCUCGGUGGGCGCCGGUGCAGGAGAGGUAUGUCAUACUGAUGACAACGAUGGACACACUGGUCCGCAUGUCCCUCUCAGACGAGUCUAUGAGGCACCACAUCGUCUGGAUGGCCAUGAUGGGAGCAUUGCUACGGUCCGACGUGAACCUCAUUGGGCUGAGCGUCAUGGAUGUGCUCUUGGCUCUUAUGCAGCACAUGAAGAGGCUGGUUCAGCUGCCGGGCGAUCCCAGUGGCGCAAGCGCCUCGGACAUGCUGCUCCCUGGCCAACCGGAUCCAAGAUCCCCUACCACUAUCGCCGCCUCAACGGCUGCCCAGGCCACGGCGGCCGCUCGCAAGGAGCUGCUCGAACGGAUUCAACAGACGAUUGGGGAUCUAGCGACACACGUCUACUAUGCCGAUCAAAUAUCAGACAUGAUCUCUGCCAUUCUACAACGCCUCCGACCUUCAAAAUCGAGCAGCCCCGACAAUACCUCGCCACAAGCAGAGAAGAUUGAUGGCCAAGUCAUCAACCCCGAGGACUCUACCGUCGAGUCCCUCUUCUCCCUGACGGUUGCCAAGGUAGCAGCCCUCAAGGCCAUCAAGACUAUUCUGCUCGUGGCAAACCCCCGAACUAAGAUGGCCGGCAAUCUCGGCCUAGCACGAAACAAAGUCUCUAUAUCUGUAUGGGAGGGCACCCAGUGGCUACUUCGCGAUCCCGAAGGCCUUGUACGAAAGGCAUAUGCAGAUGCUCUCAUCACUUGGCUGGAUAGGGAAACAGUCAAGGGAGACCUCAAAGCAGUUGACGAAAGCGCGCCCAACCCUCGCGCGUCCAUCCGUUAUACCAGGGAUCUGGGCAAGAUGGACGUGUCGCCGGCCAGGAGAGCGGCUUCUAGUGCAUCCACUCGCAGGGAACCGAAGCCGACACGUCUGCACUUCCUCAACCUGAUUCAUGUGGCAAUCUACGACAAUGCUCUGCAGUACGUUGAUUACGAAACUGACAUCAACCUGUUGCAUGUGCUUCUGGCGAAGCUGGUCGACAGGCUUGGCAUCAAUGCUGUGCGUUACGGCCUGCCCAUGAUAUUCCGGCUGCAGGAGGAUAUCCAGGAAGUGGAUGCUCCUAUCGGCAAGGUGCGGGUUGGUUGUCUUGUCCACGGAUAUCUAUGGGCUUUGACUGAGAAGUUCAACUUUGAGAACACACUUGUCGGCCGGGCGAUACAUAACGAGAUCAUCAGACGCAGGAGUAAGCACUUCUGGAUCGAGGGAGUGCACGUGCCGCCGCCCUUGUUGGAGUUGAUCGGUACCCCUGGCAUGGUCAAGCCUCAGCCAAAAAUGCCACUUAAUCAGAUCGAGUCAGAGGCGUUGCUUCCGUUCGACGAUCGUUUCGCUCUGAUCGACAGUAUCUGUACAGGCUACCAGGAGUCAUUUGCGUCGCCGCCCACUAGUCCUGCGGCCUCGCCUGGCCGCAGCUUCACUUCACCGAUCCUCGGUUCGCAGAUGAGCGGCGGGUUGUCACCGAACACCGCGAUGGAUGAUGAGCGUGAGGUGCCAUCCCGGUUCCGGGACCAGAUGUACGUGGAGUGGUCGCGCGAUUUGGUCAUUGCCAUGGUGCAGGCAGGCAGCAAAUCUGCUUCGCUCAACGGGUCCAAGACUGGGACAACGGGAACAAGUCGCUACGCCAAUGCCAGGCUGGCUGCAAAUAGCGGAUCUCCCAUGGCAAGCCAGCAAAAUCUGAGGCCGUACUCGCAGCCGAUCGGCAAAGACAUGCUUGCGCCUCAAAACAAUCCCUUGGCAAAAUUACGGAAGUCGAGCCUGAGAAGCAAUGCCACCCCGUCACCGGCCAGCAGUGGACCGAUUCGCAGCGGCGUCACGUCGGUUGAUCAGUUGAAGAUGGUAUUGUCGGGUCAAGUGGCGCCUGCGACGGUGCGUGCUCAAACGAGCCAUGGGCAUGGUGUUGAUGGCCUCGGCGCAGACGAUAGUACCGACAGCCUCGUUAGUUAUGAUAUGACGGUUUCGGAGUUGUCUUUUAAUGCGGGAAGCGUCACCAACCGUCCAGUAUACACUGCUCCGAGACCCCCGUCUCGGUCCAGGUCGCAGUCACGAGAGCGCAGAGCGGCCAGUCGUAGUGGCGCAGAGUCUCCAGGGGGUGUGGACCAGCUCAAUCGCUCAAACAGUUUCGGGAAAAGUAACGGUAACGGCAGGGCCAUGGAGGAUGCCCGACACGACAGACACGACGACGAUGGGGUGCCACCUGUCCCUCCUCUUCCGUCAGGAGUAAGCAGUCCACCACUGCCGCCGUCCCGUGACGGAAAGUCGCCGCCGCCCCGGUCACCCGGUACCCAGGCACCGGUACUGCCGCCCGUCAGCCUAGAGUCUAGUGCCAUCCGACCGGCAAAGACGCGUAGUUUAAAGAGCCGAGGGGGCAGGAACAGCAGGAGUGGAAGUAUUCCGUCCAUACCCGCCCCGCACGCGAUGAGGCCCGCAACGUCUGCAGGUCAUGGCGGGGUUGGGGGCGAUUCUGCGUUCGACCUGGAUGCCCUUUUACUGGGUAUUGAUACAAAGGAUAUGCAAGGCACGCUGGGGAACGUGACGAGGCCAGUCUACUAAGAAAGGGAUUGAUACGAUAUACGUUUGAAAUCACCUAAGUCGGCGUGGGUGGUGGAGAUUGACCAAGGCUAUCACAUAUUGCUGAUUCAGCUAUGGUUGUGGGUGAAGGCAAGAUGUUCUUUGAGCGAUACCACGUGGCUCUUGUGUAUUUUUAUUUUGGCAAGCUCGGAUUCUCUUGAUUUCUUUUGUUAUUAGAUCAGAUAUAGCGGGGCAUGUUUCUUUCGAAAUAUGCCUACCCAAUUAGCGAGGGAGGUUGUGUAUCUUUGUUUUGGUUGCCUUUCUGCUUGUAAGACGAAUAUUUGUUUCACAUGGGGCAGUUGGAAGUUGAUAAUGGGGGGGUGAAAAAUUGACGAGGCAACUCUCUGUACCGUCUUCCCCUUUUUAAGGCACGGCGCCGUUGGCUUGUGUCUUAUCAUUUUCAUUUGUCAAAGUUUCUUUCUUUUUUUUCCACUCCUCAUUCUAUAGAACUUGCGGCGGAUGAGACCACUAUAUCGUUAGGCAUACCGACUCAAAUUUAGCGAGGAUAUUGAGCUUGAGCUUUUGGUCAAGCACCUACGUACGUGAUUUUGGACUACUUGCUUGGUAUUAGCUAAUUGACACUGUACAGCUUCGUAGGUAGAUGAUACUGGGGGCCGAG